UUUCUGACCUGCCUGUCGUUCAGUCUGUUGGUCGUGGGAUAUUUGCACUUUGUUUGAGCCUCACAGACUAAGAGCAAAAACAUGGGUUCUGGACUCUCACAAGAAGAAAUUAACAGGAUGUCUCUUGGCUGGUAUGAAACUUCUUUACGGCACCCAUGCCUCUUGCCAGAUGUAGCCAUCGAUGAGUCCCUGUGGAAAUAUUCUGGCACAAACUCCACCGCUGAGCUGCAGGCCUACUCUGAUGACCUAAGCAACAGAAUCCCAGACUACAUCGAGAAGUUGGGAUCUGGUUUUGGCGCGUUUACUGCAAUCCCAAAUGCUGUUGGGCUUGGUGCGUUGGUGAUUUCUAUGAUCAUUGAGCUCUGCAUGAAGAGCAGAGAGGCACAAACAAAUGAUGAUCCAUACACCAUAUUUCACCGUGUGUUUGGAGAAGAGAAAGCUUCAGCUGUCCGGGACACAAUGCUCGAGUGUAUGAGGCGUAAUAACAUGUUCUUGAACAAUGACCAGCGUUUGAAAGAAGAACUACGCAGACUAGAAAUGCAGCUGAGCAGCCAUCUGACCACCCUCAGAAACUCCCUGCUGUAUGACGGACAGAUGAGUUCCCGCGGGUUCAAAAUCUGGGUUAACGGAGCCUCCUUCCACCUCCAGGUGUUGAUCCACGAGGCUCGACUGAAGAGCCGGACUGACCGAGACAUAUCAGACUAUGCUUAUUCAAUCAGAAGUGUCAUAGAUUUGUAUCUGACAGACCUGGAUUAUUUGCUGAAGAAAUACAAAGAAUACAAGCCGAGUACUGUUAAAGUCUUUGACAGAUAUUCGUGCCAUUUUGAUGGGUGCACUCCAGGAACAUGUUAUUUAUCAAAUACUGAGACAAAGUGUGAAAAAGUGCAUCCCAUUAAUCACUGGACUGACAUCUGUGGAAAUAGAGCUGAAUUGAUUGAGGCUUAUAUGAAUCUUGUUUUCUCAAAAUACGAACCAGUCUUAAGUUUGAAGAGUCAUUUUUCAAACAUCAAGAACAACCUCAACACUCUGAUCAGGCAACGCAACACAUUCACUCUGCCAUCAGCAAUCUAAGCUCAGUUUACUGCAGCUUUUGUUCUUUCAGCUUAUUCAUCGUUGUUCACAGUUAAAAUGUAACUUCUUUGUAUUUAGAUUUCUGUAAGUUUUAAUUAAAGUGAGAUGUUGGAGUUUAAAGUCCAGCAAAAUAAACCAAACUGUGGCAAUAACAUGGUCUAAUUUAAAGAUUC